CGCACACUGUGCGCACAGAAGUGCUUGCCUUUCUUCGCUCGGAAAGGACAUCUUAUGCCCCACUUUCUCAGCGAGGCUGCAGAGCAUCUCAGACCCCGGCCCUCUCUAAGCUUAGAAACUUUGGAUUUAAAUUGCGACGCGUCCACUGGCAACGCCCAUCACAUAAAUGAAGGGGUCCUGCCGCCGCAUCUGUGCUCUCGACAGAAGACCGGCAUGUGUUUCCUGCUUCGCGUCAUCCCGGUGAGAAUCGUUCGACACAGACUCCGCUGAUAUAUAAAUCCCAGCGUUCGUACCUCGCUUGAGCUGCUCAUAUCGCCUGCUCUGCUGCUCAUUCUAAUCCGCGACGGGUCUGUCGGUCUGCACAUACAGCACACAUGGAGCAACCGUUCACCUUGUCCGUGCCGGACUCGGAGAUCGAGCUGCUGCGCAAGAAGCUCGAGUUAACGCGUCUGCCCGACGAGCUAGAUGAUGCCAGCUGGAACUAUGGCGUACCAUUGGCAGAUGUCCGGAGGAUGGUUGAGUACUGGAAGGACGGCUAUGACUGGAGAAAAGCCGAGGCCGAGAUCAACACCCUGCCACAAUACACCAGAGACAUCGAGGUAGACGGGUUCAGCGCGCUGAAUAUUCACUACGUCCACCAGAAGAGCACGGUCGAGAACGCAGUACCUCUGCUCUUCGUCCAUGGAUGGCCAGGACACUUCCUCGAAGCCAAGAAGAUGCUCCCACUGCUGACUGCUGCGUCGAAAGAGCACCCUGCCUUCCACGUUGUCGCACUCAGCUUGCCAAACUUUGGCUUCUCGGAGGCCGUGACAAAGAAAGGCUUUGGCGCACACCACUACGCGGAGGUAUGCAACAAACUCAUGCUCGCACUGGGAUACAAGGAGUAUGUCGUGCAGGGCGGUGACUGGGGCUACUUCAUCGGUAAAGUAUUGGCCGCUGAUUAUGGCCACAAAACCGUCAAAGCCUGGCAUACCAACAUGCCCGUAGCAGGCCCCCCAAGCGUCUGGACACAUCCCGGGCGCUUCCUCGCCUUCCUCGGGUCUCUCGCACUGCCCUGGUCCGCGCGCGACAAGGCCGGGAUCGCGCGCACGCUGAACACACGAAAACGGGGCAUGGGCUACUUCAAGGAGCAGUCCACGCAGCCGCAGACGCUGGGCUACAGCCUCGCAGACUCGCCCGCGGGCCUGCUCGCGUGGAUCUACGAGAAGCUUGUCCACUGGACGGAUGAGUACCCGUGGACGGACGACGAAGUGCUCACCUGGAUAUCCGUCUACUGGUUCUCGCGUGCGGGGCCCGCUGCAUCCGUGCGGAUCUACUACGAAGUCGCUGGCAAGGGUGCCAUCCCUGUCACCGACGUACCCUGGAGCUCUAUCCCCCUCGGGCUCUCUUACUUCCCCAAGGAGUUGGCGGUCGUCCCCAAGCUGUGGGCACGCGCGCUCGGCAACGUCGUGCACGAGUCGGACCACGAGCGCGGCGGGCACUUUGCUGCGUUCGAGCGGCCGGAGGACCUCGCGAACGACGUGCGCGCGAUGUUUGGGAAGGGUGGUCCAGCGUAUGGUGUCGUGCCAGGAAAGGAUGGUUUUGCGUAA